AUGAUACGAAAGACGCUGCUGUCCAUCUUACCUAUGAUACGAAAGACGCUGCUGUCCAUCUUACCUAUGAUACGAAAGACGCUGCUGUCCAUCUUACCUAUGAUACGAAAGACGCUGCUGUCCAUCUUACCUAUGAUACGAAAGACGCUGCUGCCCAUCUUACCUAUGAUACGAAAGACGCUGCUGCCCAUCUUACCUAUGAUACGAAAGACGCUGCUGUCCAUCUUACCUAUGAUACGAAAGACGCUGCUGCCCAUCUUACCUAUGAUACGAAAGACGCUGCUGUCCAUCUUACCUAUGAUACGAAAGACGCUGCUGUCCAUCUUACCUAUGAUACGAAAGACGCUGCUGCCCAUCUUACCUAUGAUACGAAAGACGCUGCUGUCCAUCUUACCUAUGAUACGAAAGACGCUGCUGCCCAUCUUACCUUGA